CAGAUCUGACCGAGUCGAAAGCGGUUGAGUUCUCAGUCGCCAUGCUCCAUUCGCGAUUUUAUGGCGCGGAACUUUCGGCUCAGGCGGCAAAGGUUGGUUUGCCUACCGGCGCGUUUUUCUCGCGCCGCCGCCCUCGGUUACAAUGCAGUUCCUCCGGCUCUUGCUUGUGCUGGCGCCAGCUUGGGCGUCCGAUGUCACUCCUGUCCAGAAAGUGUUGGGCCUCAUGGAGGGCAUGAAGGCCAAAGGCAAGGAGGAGAUGGUGGCAGAGCAGGAGCAGUACGCCAAGUUCGAGCAGUUCUGUGAGCUGACGCUGGUGGAGAAGGAGCGGUCCAUCGGCGACGCCAGCGACAAGAUCGGGUCGCUGGAGGCGGAGACGGCCCAGGCGGGCAGCGAGGCGGAGCGCCUCGGCGCCGAGGCGUCGCAGCACGGCGAGGACGCCGCCACCGCGGCGGAGGAGAAGAAGGCGGCCACGGAGGUGCGGCAGAAGGAGCGCACAGACUUCCAAACCACCUUGGAGGACUACACAGAGUCCAUCGACGCCAUCGGACGCGCCACCAAGGCACUCAAGGCGCAGGACAAGGUCUCGCUUUUGCAGCUCGACGCGGCGCGGCAGCUGAAGCUCAUGCCGUCUGAGGUGGCGGACAAGAUCGAGGCCUACAUGGCCGCAAGCCAGGAGAGCUUGCUGGCAGAGUCUGCAGCACCCAAGCCAGCAACCUACGAGUUCCAAUCCGGUGGCGUCAUCAGCAUGCUUGAGGGCCUCCAGGACAAGUUCCUGGAUGAGCGCAAUACGCUGGAGCAGGAGGAGCAGGCCAAGAAGCACGCCUACGAGCUGCUGGCACAACGGUUGGACACCCAGAAGGCUCAGUCGGAGAAGGAGCAGAGCUCCAAGGAGCAGUUCAAGGCCAAGAAGCUCCAGGCCAAGGCCUCCGGCGAGGCGGAGCUCGCGGAGACCAAGGCUGAGAAGGAGUCCGACGUAAAGUACUCCACCGAUUUGAAGGCCACGUGCGCCAAGAAGAAGUCGGCCUUCGCUGAGCGCCAGAAGCUGCGGGGGGAGGAGCUGGAGGCCAUCGGCAAGGCCAUGGAGAUCAUCUCUGGCGGAGCGGUGGCCGGCGGCGCGGAGAAGCAUUUGCCCUCCCUGCUGCAGAGCUCCAGCGCAUUGGCCUUCCUGCGAUCUGAGAGCCCCAGGGGUCAGGAGCAGGUGGCGCGUUUCCUGCAGCAGAAGGGCGAGUCCUUGAAGAGCCGCGUCUUGGCCGCGCUGGCGGUGCGGGUCUCCGCAGACCCCUUGGCCAAGGUGAAGACCAUGAUCGAGUCACUGAUCGUGAAGCUCAACGAGCAGGCCAAGUCAGAGGCUACGAAGAACGCCUGGUGCGAGACGGAGCUGUCCAGCAACAAGCAGACCCGCGAGGCCAAGACGGACGCGGCGGACUCGCUGCAGGCGGAGAUCGAUCAGCUGAAGGCGUCGGUGGCGAAGCUGACGGACGAGACCGGCACCCUCGGCAAGGAGCUGACGGAGCUCGCGGCGGCCAUGGCGCAGGCCACGGACCUGCGGACCAAGGAGAAGGCGAAGAACGCGGCCACCAUCAAGGACGCCAAGGAGGCGCAGGCGGCGGUGGCGCAGGCCUUGACGGUGCUCAAGGACUUCUACGCCAAGGCCGCGGAUGCCACGGCGCUGGUGCAGACCAAGGUGCACGCGGGCGCCCCGGAGGUCUUCGGAGAUGAGGCCUACACCGGCAUGGGUGGCGAGAGUGGCGGUGUGCUGGGCAUGAUCGAGGUCAUCGAGAGCGACUUCGCGCGAUUGGAGGCCGAGACCGUGGCUGCAGAGGCGGCCGCCAAGAAGGAGUACGAGGAGUUCAUGGAGGACUCCAAGAUGGACAAGGCGAGCAAGGAGGCUGCCGUAGAGCAGAAGACCAGCAAGACCUCCUCCCAAAAGCAGGAGCUGACGGCUGCGAGCGGAGACCUGGAAGGCACCCAGAAGGAGCUCGCCGCGGCGGAGGCCUACUACGAGAAGCUCAGGCCGGACUGCGUGGACACUGGGGUGGCGUACGCAGAGCGCAAGGCACAGAGGGAGCAGGAGAUGAAGGACCUGAAGGAGGCAAUGGAGAUGCUCAGCAACCUCUAAACCGCCUAGCGCGAGGCGUCGCCGAAGGUCAGCCGGUCAAAAUGCGACGCGUGCGGCGUGGGACGUGGCAUGGCCAGAGCUGGAUCUUCCGGGGCAACUAGCGAUCGGGGGUAAGGAGAGCA